AUGGCAAACCAUGUGGUGCGGCCUUUACCAUACAUCCAGAUCUACACCAGCACUACGAAAAACAUCAUACAAGGGCAAUUCCUUUUUCGGAAUGAGGAAAAGUCUAUGAAAGUAAAAAGAGUCUAUGAAAGUAACAAGAAACUUAAGAAGCAUAUGCAAAAUUCACACGGAGAAUGUUGGACCUGUCUCCAGUGUGGCUGGACUCGUCCCACUUAUUUUCCAAAUAAAAUAGGUGAUCACUUGAAAACCCACUCUUUAGCCCCUGCUCUACCUAACAUUCCCAGUCUGCUGGACCUUGACCUUGGUUCAGGGAUGUUAAACUUGAUGGGAUCAACAUCCAAAGACCUGGACAGGAUAGCACCAUCAAUCCUGGACAGUUCAACGCUAUCAUAG